CUGCAUUUCUAUCGAUAACUCACUCCUAUCUCGUAUUAUAAUAGCUUAUCAAUUGAUUUGCGUUUCAUGGCAAAACUGGACUCGCUCUGCCGUGCAUUCAUUACCAAUCGCAAAGUCGAGUCCCAACUUUUGCUCAGCUCUGUUACCUAUAUGUCACGACCACUGCUUAAGUCUCUACCUACUGCUGAAUCGCAAGUUCUAAAUCACCCUGCGGCCAACAAAAUGGAGGUUCUCUGUGUACCACAACGCGAGCUUUUGAAGGCCUGUGCAGCGCGUAAUGUCGACGACACUCAUACACAGCAUCCUGGUGGUGUUGGCAAGGAGAUACCGUUACAUGUCCGACCGUGGGUGGACAGAAUGACACCGCUCAUGUGGAACGACGUCCUGAUGCGUGCAUCUGGAUGGUGGGCCUGUGGACGAAACGAGUGCUUCGUUGUCAUGCAAGAUAGAUUUGACUGGAAGAAUAUACCACUGCCAAUUCAGGAUUUUAAUGCAGAUCACAUUUCAUUGGACAGACCUUCAAACGUCCUAUCUUUUACAUACACCGAGAUCGAUUCAUGCAUUGACAGAUUUCUGAUAGACUGGGAAAGGAUAUACAUGAUGGCAAACUUGGCUCGGCAAUCAUCGUCAAAAUGGCUGGAGAAGUACAAAGAACAGCUAGACUUUGACAGUUUCAACAUGCAAGAACUCAAGUUUACCUAUGGCAAGGAUUUUACUUGUGUCAUUCGCUGGGAUUCUCCAAACACUGGACGAGCACGACAGUACAUUAUCCAAGUUGGCAUGAAAGAGGAAUACGAGAAAGACACGAAAAAAGACACGGAAGCUCCUACAUUACUGCAUUUGUCAGUAACAAGAAACCCACAUUGGCGCGUAGCUUCGUUCCUACAAGAUAUUUUGAACGAUAAACGCGAUGUCGUAUAUCUCAUACAGGUGUUGUUCCAAACACUUCCGUUCAUGAUGUCUUUGGAAAAACUGGAGCUGCACAAUACGCUCAAGGGCUCCAUUGGUGAUCUUUCAAUCAUUCCACGUGCAGUUGAUUCGGUCCGCAUUAUAUAUGUAUCAAGACACGCAUUGGAUAUCUGGUUCACGAAUCCAAAUACCAUUUGCGUAUCUGACGCUGCAUUCCAACACAAACUCGCCUCACCAUUAUCGUCACGGCCCGAGAACACUGCAACACCACCUCAACCAUCACCGGCAGCUGCUUCUGGGCAACAACAGCAGCAGUCGGAUAAUCCCGAUGCCGUAAAACCUGUCAAAUUGUCACAAGAUUUCCAGAGAUUUAUACCGUUUGCAGAAUUUGAAGGCUUGUUGGGGGAGGUAGAGAGCUGGAUUUUCCAAGACGAUGAUGGCCAAGAAGAACCACGUUGUAUUCCACCCUCCGCAGAUGACUCAGAACCCACCGCAGUGCCGUUCAAACACGGUGUUAUUUGUUCUGCCUCACUGUGUCGCCAAGUCAUUUCCCAAUUAGGUUCGUUAAACCACGAUAAAAAGCAACAAUAAAAAGAAUCCAUCAAGGGCAACCAACACUCAUAUAGUAUCACUCCUUCUACAAACCAAAACCAUCACUGUAUCCUCUGUAUAAUAAUAAAAAACCCACAUACAUUUCAUCCAUCAUACUUCAACUGA